AUGGCCUCGCUUACAUUCCGCGCAAUUUCGCGUUUGGCGCAAUCUGGCCGUCAGGCUGUGCGUACUAUUGCUACCACCACUCCAGUCUCUGGACACCAGGACGACAUCAUGGAAAAGUGGCCAGCUGAGAAAUUCGAUAAGCACUUCAUCGACUAUCUUAGCCGCCCAGAAAUUGACGGAUGGGAGAAUAUCGAAUGGUAUAGCUUACCUCUCACUGAAUUGCAUGACUAUGACGUCAUCCCUGACCCCAAGGUCGUCGAAGCUGGACUCCGAGCUUGCCGUAGAGUUAACGAUUAUGCGCUGACCAUCCGAUUCUUGGAAGCCAUCAAGAUCAAGUGCGGAUCCCAGAAGAACCGCGAUGCCAUCUACGGAUAUAUCGUCAAGCAGAUCAAGCCUGUUUUGGACGAGCUCGGCAUUUCGACUCCAGAGGAGCUUGGCUACGACAAGCCGGAAUUGUUCAUUCCACAGCCAGAAAUGUGGUGGGAGAAGAAAUGGUACAAGGAGUAUGGAUUCGAUAAGCAACCAAACUUCCAAAUCUAA